UCAUUGUUAAAUACAUAAUAUUGUUGGUGUGUCAAAUCGUAUAUAAAACAAGCUAUUUUUAAUUUUCCUAUACAUUUAUUUCAUCAUCUGAACGCAUUCUCUUUUUUAUAGUUUGUUUGUGCUUUUGAUGAACGAUUAGCGCUGAACGCUCAUUUUUUUAUUCCUUUCCACCAUGCCUUUCAGUUUCAAAUUAAGCAACCGUAAGCGUUUGGCUUUUGUUACUGCCUCCCUUUGUUUAGUGUUGUACUUUGUUUGGCAUGGAUAUUCUUUAGACACUUCCAAUGGUAUCCGAGAGAGCCCUUCUUUCCUUGAACAAGAAGCGACGAGCUCAAUUGAUGUCCAUACACCGAAUACCGUUACAUCAACAUUUCCUUCUCAGGAAGAACAAACUGGGAUUGUCCCUUCUACUACUUUCCCUUCCACUACCGAGACUGCAUCGAGCAAAAUUGCAGCACCAGGCGCUGCUACGACCAACCAAGCUCAAGAGUGUAGUCAAUCAUUUGAUGGAAAAAAGUCCAUCAUGCGGUAUGUAAUUAUGAUUGAUGCUGGUUCUACGGGUUCUAGAGUACACGUUUAUCAGUUCAACAAUUGUAAUCCUACACCGAAAUUAGAGGAGGAAUACUUCUUAAUGACGGAACCUGGUUUGUCUUCUUUUGCUGGCGAUCCUGAUGGAGCUGCUGCUUCUUUGGAUCCUCUUUUGGAUUUUGCAUUGAAACAUGUUCCCGAUGAAUAUAAAAAUUGCUCGCCGAUUUCUGUUAAAGCAACGGCUGGUCUUCGCCUUACAGGUGAGCAUGAAGCUCGGGCCAUUUUAAACACUGUAAAGGCUCACCUUAUCGAAAAGUAUCCUUUCCCCUUAGCCGGAGAAGAUAGCGUUUCCAUCUUAGACGGAACCAUGGAAGGUGUUUACGCCUGGGUUACGAUCAAUUAUCUUUUGGGAUCGUUAAAUGUUGAUUCUUCCAAAUCGACCGUUGCUGUAAUGGAUCUUGGAGGAGCGUCUACCCAACUCGUCUUUGAGCCUCACUUCUAUGAUUCUCAACAAAAACUGUCAGAAGGUGAUCACAAAUACGUUCUGGAAUACAAUAACAAGGCGUACGAGCUCUACCAGUUUUCUCAUCUUGGAUAUGGGUUAAAGGAAGCCAGGAAAUCUAUCCACAAGAUUGUAGUUAAUACAGCAGAUAAUUUAAGAGAAUCGCUAGCUGACGAUGUGUCUUAUGAAAUUACCCAUCCGUGCCUCCAUCUAAACGGUUCUAUACAUCACUCUUCAGCAAAGGAAAAUGGAGUGUCUAUUAACUAUAUAUUUAAUGGUCCUUCUUUAGCUCAUGGUUCUUUACAAUGUCGUGCAUUUGCUGAACAGAUUUUAUACAAAGAAAAAGAAUGUCAAUUAGCACCUUGUUCUUUCAACGGCGUUCAUCAGCCGAAGUUUACUGAAACAUUUAAUGAUGCACCUAUUUAUUUAAUUAGCUACUUCUAUGAUAGGAUGGUUGAUUUAGGCAUGCCUAGUACGUUUACUAUUGAGGAUAUGAAAUAUCUAGCAGACCGUGUUUGCAGCGGUCCUAAUUCGUGGGUUGACGCUUUCUCCCUCACCAGAUCUCUAUCUGCUUUACAGCAGGAACCGGAGUGGUGUCUAGACCUCAACUAUAUGAUUGCUCUCUUGUCCGUUGGGUAUGAGAUCCCCAACCAGCGUCAGCUACAUACGGCAAAAAAGAUUAACAAUAAAGAACUUGGUUGGUGCUUGGGUGCUAGUCUCUCUCUCUUAUCAAAAUCCGAUGGUGAGUUCAAAUGCACAAUAACAGAAAAAUCUUAGAAAGCGGUAGAGGCAAUAUAGACGCCAAAUGUCGUAUUUCUUGUAUUUUUAUUUUAAAUUCUUUUUAUGACUAUUCUAUUUCAGAGAUAUUUGAGGUUGCAUACUGCUUUAUGGCUUUUUCUUUAUCCCGAUAUUUAUACAGAAAUCAUUACGACUAAAGUAUUGAUUAUUUGCUUUUCUUUUAGAAAAAUAAUUGUAUAGGAUAGUUGUUAUUUUCUUUCUUUGUGUAUUUUUGGUUUGUUUCUUCAUACGCAGCUCAUCAAGUACUCAAGUCGGAUUAGAAGUUAGGCUGUCAACUUGAAAGACUUUCCGAUGUAAUUGUUAUUGAUAAUGGAGUUAUUGUAUUAAUAAAUAUUAAUUUCUAAAUAAACUUUAAGA